CCUAUAUAUAGCCCAUCCUCUUCCUACUAUCACUUCAUCCUCACCUGACUAGUACAAAACUCCCACUCCAAAAAUUAAAGUAACAAUGCCUUCUGCUGCUACUGCUGUAACUUUGGCCUCCAACUGCACUAUUUUCCCAUUCAAACAAUCAUCUUUUUCUGAUCUAAAACUUUCUGUUUCCGAUCUUCUUAUGCUCUCUGUUCACUACAUUCAGAAAGGUUGUCUCUUUACUUAUCCUCCCUUUCCUAUCGCUCACCUCAUUUCCCUUCUCAAGUUCAGUCUUUCUCAAACCCUCGCUCAAUUCCCUCCACUAGCUGGGCAAUUUGUGACCGACUUAAAUGGCUACGUCUACAUUUCUUGCAAUGAUGUUGGUGUUGAUUUUGUUCAUGCUUCAGCCACUCACAUUUUCAUUCGCGAUGUCAUUGGCUCCGUUGAUGUUCCUGAUCAUGUCAAGGAGUUUUUCCCUAUGGACCGCACGGUUAGCUAUCGAGGACAUUUUAGCCCUCUUCUUGCUGUCCAAGUGACAGAAUUAGCUGAUGGCGUUUUCAUAGGUUGCGCGGUCAAUCAUUCCGUCAUGGAUGGGACGUCAUUCUGGAACUUCUUCAAUACAUUUGCUGAGGUGAGCAGGGGUGUAAAAAGGAUGACGAGGCAGCCCGAUUUUACCCGUAAUUCAAUUUUGAUUUCAAAUUCCGUGCUAAAACUCCCUGAUGAUGGCCCUAAAAUCACUUUCGUGGGUGACACUCCAUUGAGGGAGAGGAUUUUUAGCUUUAGCAGGGAAUCAAUUCAAAGACUCAAAGCGAAGACGAAUAAUCGGAAACUGAAUUAUGAAGGAGAAAUAAACGUUGUUGAAUUGAUGGCAAAACGGAGCAUCGAUCCUUUGAAAAUGAAAACAGAAACUGAGACGAUAAAUCCAACAGCUGAGAUUUCAUCAUUUCAAUCUCUUUGCGCAUUGCUCUGGCGUGCUGUGACACGUGCAAGGAAGUUCCCACCUUCAAAAAUGACAACCUUCAGAAUGGCUGUAAAUUGCCGCCACCGUCUCCAGCCGAAGCUAAAUCCGUUAUACUUUGGCAACGCAAUUCAAAGCAUUCCAACUAACGCCUCAGCAGGGGACGUAUUAUCUCACGAUCUGCAUUGGUGUGCUGAGCAAUUGAACAAUAAUGUGAAGGCGCACGAUGAUGCUACGGUGAGGAAGUUUGUAGAGGAUUGGGAGAAGGAUCCACGGUGUUUUCCAUUGGGGAAUUUUGACGGAGCUAUGCUGACAAUGGGUAGCUCACCAAGGUUUCCGAUGUACGACAAUGAUUUUGGGUGGGGCAGGCCCGUUGCUGUUCGAAGUGGUCGAGCUAAUAAAUUUGACGGGAAGAUAUCAGCAUUUCCGGGUCGAGAAGGAGGAGGAAGCGUGGAUUUGGAGGUGAUUUUGUCCCCCGAAACAAUGGAAGGAUUGGAGUCUGAUCCCGAAUUCAUGCAGUUUGUUACUGUCUAUUGAAUAAUGAUUUUGUAUUAAAGGAUGGCUGUAACAUAUUAUUCUGUUGAAUGACGACAUUGAAAUUAAUGUUACAAAGAGGGUGCUUUCAUUUUCA